UUGUUAUUUGUAGGCCCCCUUCUACCCACGAGAAGCAGUAAAGAAAGGUUUAGAAGUUUGGCAUUUUGGUUUAGUGUUCGGGGCAUUCGAGAUUACAGUCUGUCUCUUCAGUCUAGUGGUUGGAACAUAUCUUAAUAAAAUGGGAGUCAAGAGAACCUUGAAUUUGGGAAUAGCACUAGUUGGAGUUAUUCUUAUUCUUUAUGGAUGCCUGGGUCUGCUGAACUCUGGGGAGUGGUUUCUCGGACUUUCUCUUAUUCUAAGGAUUUUUGAAGGAUGCGGAAAUGCAGCUUUCUUGACUGCAAGUUUCAGCGCUAUAGCACAAAAAUUUCCAACUAAUGUGGCGUCCAUGUUUGCAUUGAUUGAGCUUUUCUUCGGAAUAGGAGAAAUUGUAGGACCUGUAUUCGGAGGAGCUCUUUACGAAAUCGGAGGUUUCACACUUCCGUUUGCUGUGAUGGGAUCACUUCUGUUUACUUCCUCCAUUUUUAUUUUCUUCUUCCUUCCGGACACUCCCUCCGAGACAUUGGGACCUAAACCCAGUAUGCUCUCAGCCCUCACUAAACCAGCAAUAGUUAUUGCUCUAUUUAAGGUUGGAUCUGCGGCUGCAAGUAUAGGAUUCCUUCAGACAACUCUUGAACCUCAUCUUCAUGAUAUUAAACCUUACGGAGUACCUUUAACUCCAUUCCAGUGUGGAGCUCUGUUUAUGGUGGUCGGAGGAACAUAUGGGUUAAGUUUACCUCUUUGGGGAAUGGUCUGUGAUUCAAAACUAACCAGAGAUUCUCCUAAAUAUGUUGAACUUUUCGGAUCUGUACUCAUUGCUAUGGGAUUUAUGGUGCUAGGUCCCUUCAAGUAUCUUCCUUUCGGGAAAACUUUAGGUUCCAUAAUUGCUGGUAUGAGUAUCCACGGUCUGGGUCUGGGAGCAUCAGUGGUUGGAGGGUUUACAGACGUACACAAAUCAGCGAUAAGAUGUGGAUUCCCAGAUACUAUCGAGACUUACGGGCUAGUUUCUGGUCUUUUUGCUUCAGUUUUCGCCUUUGGAGCUUUUGUAGGUCCAACUGUUGGAGGAAUUCUCUAUGAUGCUAUUACAUUCAGAUGGGCAAUCAUGUUCAUUGUAGGACUAGAGGUUGUGGCAUUCAUCCUGAUUUUCACCUUUCUACUCAUGGACUGUAGGAAUCCUACUCCGGUCUUAGAUAGAAGCAUAUCCACAAUAUCAGAAACAGAUGAGGUAGGAUUGUUUCGCUACUUAGCGAUUUUCCUAAAGACCUAAUGAAAUCUUUAUAAGUACCGUGUGGUAUUUCUCAAGAUAGGAUUGUGAGCCUUCCUCUUCUGACUGCUCUCCAUAAUAAAGGAUAAUAAUAUGGUUCCGAACGUUUAUUUCUCCGAGACUUCAAUCUAAAUAAUUUUUAAUAAACCCACAGAAAAAGCAUCGAGUGAUAAAAUCAUACAAUACAACAAAUAAAUCAACUCAGGCAUUAAAAAACUGUGGAAUGGAACCAAUACAUUUACAAGAUAUCAAACCAUAACCGAACAUAAAUAAAUGAUAUUCAUAUAUAUAUAAAGAAUAAUUACCGCAGUGAUCCUAGAAUUAUUGGCACGAACUUAAUAAUAAACGAACUUGCAAGACAAACAAAUAUAUACUACGGUAGAAACUGUCCGCUUCCACGUGAGAAACUUGCGCAUGCGUAGUCGGUCUGGAAACAGCUUCUAAAACUAGUUUUUUACAAUACGUUCUGUACAGAUCCGCAGGGAGAACUCAGGAGUUCACAGGGGCACCACAUAGACUUUAUACACGCAGCAUGGCUCGCGUAACACUCGCCCAGCCAAGAGAAAA